GUUAAACAAACCUAACUAACUUACAAAUUAACCGCUCUGCAAACCGCAAUCUUCUGUAUUUUAAUUUGUUCAGUGUUUUCUUUACUUUUCAUUGUUUGAUUGAAGAAAACGCAUCAACAAGUCAAUCUUUUUUAAUAAGAAUCAAUUCAAUAUUACAUUUUUUUUAAAUUAGGACAGUUGAAGUUAUAGUGCUGUGCAAUUUAAAAAUGAACAGAUAUUGUUUGGAUCCAAGAUGAUAUCAAGGCUUGAUCAGAACAACUCUUCCAGUUCAAACUUUUGCCCACUCUGUCAAGCGCCCCUCCAGCGAUUGAAAGUCAGUUCAGCGUUCCAUAUUUCUAAUUGCUCAGUCUCCUGGGACUCCCUAGAUGAAUGUCCUGCUGGAAUUGAGUGUUCUAACGACAGUAUAUUCCAUUAUCGAGAUUUCUCCCACUCAGUAAUAGCGAGCUACCGCUGCUCCAAUCUCUACGUUGAAGAAAAAACUGAGCACUCACCCGAAAAACAGAAGAAAACCCCAGUGUCUUCCAAAUCGCCCAAAAAAAGUCCGAAGCAUCCGCCUAAAAAGAGAAAACCCAAAGCUUCAAAACAACCGACUGUGAAAAAUUGUGAUAAUGAAACAGUAUUAGAAGUUAGUGAUGAAGAAGAGGACCUAGAUAUCUUCAAGCCAAAGAAAAAUGCUCGCAACAAUCUUGUUUCGAAACGAAAACUGUACAAAUCUAAUUCGGAUCUCCCCGUAGAGAUCUGUAACAAAAAUAAGAAAGUCCGUGCUGAAAAAAUUGUGAGCGACGAAGUUUCAAUUACUAGCAAUUCAAAGCGAAAUACAGAAUCUAUCGAAAAAGACAGCAGGCUGUCACAAUAUUGUAACGAUUCAACGCUCUGUGAUAAAGACCCGAAACCUCUCAAAAUUACGAUGGAACGAGAUUUACAUUUAGAUUCAUGUGUUAAAAUAGAAACUCCACUUCACAAUAUACAGUCUGAAGAUGAAUCUGGUAGUGGAAAGAGUAGCAGCUCAGAUGGUCAACAUAUCUCCAAGCAAAUCAUAAAUCAGGAGAAAUCUCAAACAAGCAAAUGUGAAGACUCAAAUCUACCAUCAACCGAGAUUGAUUUGCAAUUGGAUGAUUUGAAAUUUGAAGAUGAGUUGUCUAUAGAAUCAUCUUCGAAGAACUCGGCGGAUAGUGAGCCUAGUAGCACAAUACAAGAAACCCUGUUAUCGAGUGAAGAUGUUAAAAAAGUGAAAAAUCCAAACGAAAAUGACAAAACAAAACGAUCAACUGAUCAUCCGAAAUUCGAUUUUUUCGCCCCUAAAAAACCUGGAUUACCUGAUAAACGCUCAAAACCCAAAAAGGUUGAUAUAACCUACAGUAAUGUGAAGACUGUCAUACCAGGAUCUAGUGAUGAACCAAGUGUGGGGCCUGUAAAGUCUGAGAAAACUGACAACAGGGCAACUGGCAACUCGUGGCGGAAGUUUGGAUCUAAAUCAAAUGUUCCAAAAGUUUGUCCCUUCUACAAACGAAUUCCAGAUACAAACUUUGUGGUUGAUGCAUUUCAAUACGGAUCAAUCCCUGGAGUACAAGCCUAUUUUCUAAGUCAUUUCCACAGUGACCAUUAUAUUGGCCUCAGAAAAGGCUUCUCGCAUCCUAUUUAUUGCAGUAAAAUUACUGCAAACUUAGUCAAGAUGAAACUGGGUGUAAACGAGAGGUACAUAAAUGUUAUCAACUUGAAUGAACGCACUGUAGUGAACGGCGUUGAAGUGGUCGCUUUAGAUGCCAACCAUUGUCCCGGAUCAGUGAUGCUAUUAUUCCAGCUGCGGACUGGCCAGAACUAUUUACAUGUGGGAGAUUUCAGAGCCAACACUGAAAUGGAAUCGUAUCCCGAGUUGAAGCAACUGCGAAUACAUAAGCUGUUUCUUGAUACCACGUACUGUAAACCGGCAUACACAUUUCCAUCUCAACAAAGUGUGAUUGAUGACGUAUUAAAAAUUGUGAAAACCGAAUUCAUGAUGAAUCCGAGGACGCUGAUAGUUGUAGGCUCAUACCUAAUAGGCAAGGAGAAAGUAUUCAUGGCAAUCGCAGAAGAAUUCGAUUGCCGCAUAUGGGCCGAGCCGAGUAAACUGAAGAUAUUCGAUUGCAUCGAAAGCAAGGAGCUGAAAAAACGCGUGACGUCAGAAGCCAGUCUGGCUCAGGUGCACGUGGUCUCCAUGGCUCAUUUGGAGAUUCACAAGCUGAAGGAUUAUCUUCGACCGUUCAUGAAGGUGUUCUCUAGAGUUGUCGCUUUCAGGCCGACUGGUUGGUGUCAUAAUAGUGGCAGUUCGUCGUCUGGCAGUUCGUCGUUUAAGCGACUAGAGUACGAGAACGUCGUGCUUUACGAGGUGCCUUACAGCGAACAUUCGAGCUACACGGAGUUGCAGAGGUUUGUACAGUUUACGAAACCGGAUAGCAUUGUUCCCACGGUCAACGUUAAUGAGAGCAGUUUGAAGGAAAUGAACAAGCAUUUCAAGAGUUGGCUGAAUGAGACGAGUCAGUCUAGUAUAUUGGAUUUCGUGAAGGGAGCUCGAUGAUAAGAUGCAAAUCCUUAAAGAAUGCAGGCAUCCAAGCUGCAAACUUAUCUGCCUCUUUUUACCAUAGAGAAAUUAUAGCAUAAAAAGAUAUCACAUGGUAUAGGUUGUUUAUGUUUCAAGUCUCAUGCCGAUUUUUGUUGACUGAAGCCGAUUACUGUCGACUACUGUCUAAUCUAUUGGGCUUUUUGUGUAGUUAAGAAGUUGAUAUUGUGGUAAUUAUUCAUAUUGAAUGAAAAAUUGUCAAAAAACCACAGAUUUAUUGAUACUUAGAAAGACCUGUUUCGGUU